AUGGCACAGGCACUGCUGGUACCACCUGGACCUGAAAGCUUCCGCUAUUUUACUAGAGAUUCUCUCGCAGCUAUUGAAAAGCGUUCUGCAGAAGAAAAAGCUAAAAAGCCCAAGCAAGAACAUACAGAUGAUGAUGAUGAAAAUGGUCCAAAACCAAACAGUGACUUGGAGGCAGGAAAGACACUGCCAUUUAUUUAUGGUGACAUACCUCCAGGAAUGGUAUCUGAACCUUUGGAAGACCUGGACCCAUACUAUAUCAAUAAAAAAACUUUCAUAGUAUUGAAUAAGGGAAAAGCAAUUUUCCGAUUCAGUGCCACAUCUGCCUUGUAUAUUUUAACUCCUUUUAAUCCCAUCAGAAAAAUUGCUAUCAAGAUUUUGGUGCAUUCAUUAUUCAGCAUGCUUAUAAUGUGCACUAUUUUGACCAAUUGUGUAUUUAUGACCAUGAGUAACCCUCCAGACUGGACAAAGAAUGUAGAGUACACUUUCACUGGAAUUUAUACCUUUGAAUCACUUAUCAAAAUUCUUGCAAGGGGCUUCUGCUUAGAAGGUUUUACUUUUCUGCGAGACCCAUGGAACUGGCUUGACUUCAGUGUAAUUUUAAUGGCGUAUGUAACAGAAUUUGUAAACCUAGGCAAUGUUUCAGCUCUUCGAACUUUCAGAGUAUUGAGAGCUUUGAAAACUAUUUCUGUAAUUCCAGGCCUGAAGACUAUAGUGGGAGCCCUGAUUCAGUCUGUGAAGAAGCUCUCGGAUGUGAUGAUCCUGACUGUGUUUUGUCUGAGUGUAUUUGCACUGAUAGGGCUGCAGCUGUUCAUGGGCAACCUGAGGAAUAAAUGCCUGCAGUGGCCUCCAGACAAUUCUACUUUUGAGAUAAACAUUAUUUCCUACUUUAACAGCACAAUGAAUGAAAAUGGUACAUUUGUUAACAUGACAGUGAGCACGUUUAACUGGAAGGAUUACAUUGAGGAUGAAACUCAUUUUUACAUUUUGGAAGGACAAAGAGAUGCCCUACUUUGUGGUAAUAGCUCUGAUGCAGGGCAAUGCCCAGAAGGAUAUAUAUGUGUGAAAGCUGGCAGAAACCCCAACUAUGGCUACACAAGUUUUGACACCUUUAGUUGGGCUUUUUUGUCACUGUUUCGGCUAAUGACUCAGGACUUCUGGGAAAACCUCUAUCAGCUGACACUGCGUGCUGCUGGGAAGACAUACAUGAUAUUUUUUGUUCUGGUGAUUUUUCUGGGCUCUUUCUAUCUGAUAAACCUGAUCCUGGCUGUGGUUGCCAUGGCCUACGAAGAACAAAAUCAAGCAACAAUGGAAGAAGCAGAGCAGAAAGAAGCAGAAUUUCAGCAAAUGCUGGAACAACUGAAGAAGCAACAAGAAGAAGCUCAGACAACAGCAGCAGUAGCAGCCGCAUCAGUUGCAUCAAGAGAUUUCAGUGGUGUAGGGGGACUGGGAGAACUCUUGGAAAGCUCUUCAGAAGCAUCAAAGUUAAGCUCAAAGAGUGCUAAAGAAAGAAGAAACAGAAGGAAGAAAAGAAGACAGAAAGAAAUGUCUGAAGCAGAGGACAAAGGAGAUAUUGAUAAGUUCCCAAAGUCUGAGUCAGAAGACAGUAUCAGAAGGAAAAGCUUCCGCUUCUCCACAGAAGGAAGUCAACUGACAUAUGAAAAAAGGCUCACUUCUCCUCAUCAGUCUUUGUUAAGCAUUCGUGGUUCUCUGUUCUCACCAAGGCGCAACAGCAAAACCAGCAUUUUCAGUUUCAGAGGUCAUGCAAAGGAUAUAGGAUCUGAAAAUGACUUUGCUGAUGAUGAACACAGCACUCUUGAAGACAAUGAGAGCAGAAGAGAUUCUCUCUUUGUUCCAAAUCGACAUGGAGAAAGGCGUAACAGUAACAUUAGCCAAAGCAGUGUGUCGUCUAGAAUGAUACCAGCCCUUCCAGUGAAUGGGAAGAUGCACAGCACCGUGGAUUGCAAUGGAGUGGUUUCCUUGGUUGGAGGGCCUUCAACUCUAACUUCUCCUACUGGUCAGCUUAUGCCAGAGGUAAUUGUAAGCAAGACAACUUCUGUAAGCUAUGGCACCACUACAGAAACAGAAAUAAGGAAAAGAAGACUGAGUUCAUACCAAAUUUCCAUGGAAAUGCUGGAAGAGUCUGCUGCAAGACAAAGAGCAAUGAGCAUAGCCAGCAUACUUACAAAUACAAUGGAAGAGCUUGAAGAAUCCAGACAGAAAUGCCCACCAUGCUGGUACAGAUUUGCAAAUACUUUCUUGAUCUGGGAUUGCUGGAGUCCAUGGUUAAAAGUAAAGCAUGUCGUCAAUUUAGUUGUGAUGGAUCCAUUUGUUGAUCUUGCUAUAACGAUUUGCAUUGUUUUAAACACCUUGUUUAUGGCCAUGGAGCAUUACCCAAUGACAGAACAGUUUAGCAGUGUCCUUUCUGUGGGGAAUUUGGUAUUCACUGGAAUAUUUACAGCAGAAAUGGUACUAAAGAUUAUUGCCAUGGAUCCUUAUUAUUAUUUUCAAGAAGGCUGGAAUAUUUUUGAUGGUAUUAUUGUUAGCCUUAGUUUAAUGGAGCUUGGUCUUGCAAAUGUUGAAGGAUUAUCUGUUCUUCGGUCAUUCAGAUUGCUUCGAGUCUUCAAACUGGCAAAAUCUUGGCCAACCCUAAAUAUGCUGAUUAAGAUUAUUGGCAACUCCGUAGGAGCUCUGGGGAAUCUGACCCUGGUGCUGGCCAUCAUUGUGUUCAUUUUCGCUGUGGUUGGGAUGCAGCUGUUUGGGAAAAGCUACAAGGAAUGCGUCUGCAAGAUCUCCAGUGACUGCGUGCUCCCUCGCUGGCACAUGCAUGACUUUUUCCACUCUUUCCUGAUUGUAUUCCGAGUGCUGUGUGGAGAAUGGAUAGAAACAAUGUGGGACUGCAUGGAGGUUGCAGGCCAAACCAUGUGCCUUAUUGUUUUCAUGCUGGUCAUGGUGAUUGGAAACCUAGUGGUAUUGAACCUAUUUCUGGCCUUGCUGCUGAGCUCGUUUAGCUCAGACAACCUUGCUGCUACAGAUGAUGAUAAUGAAAUGAACAAUCUCCAGAUUGCUGUGGCAAGGAUUCAGAAAGGCAUAGAUUAUGUUAAAAAAAAGAUACAGGAGUUCAUCCGAAAAGCCUUCGUUAGAAAGCAGAAGUCUUUAGAGGAAAUCAAAGCACUUGAAGAGCUAAACAACAAGAAAGACAGCUGCAUUUCCAAUCACACUGCCGUUGAAAUAAGCAAAGAUCUGAAUUACCUUAAAGAUGGGAAUGGAACCACCAGUGGUGUAGGCACAGGCAGCAGUGUGGAAAAAUAUGUAAUUGAUGAAAACGAUUAUAUGUCAUUCAUAAACAACCCAGGCCUCACUGUGACAGUGCCCAUUGCACUUGGAGAAUCAGAUUUUGAAAAUUUAAAUACAGAAGAAUUUAGCAGCGAAUCUGAUAUGGAAGAAAGCAAACAGAAACUAAAUGCAUCAAGCUCAUCAGAAGGCAGCACUGUUGAUAUUGCUCCUCCUGGAGAGGGCGAGCAAGCAGAAAUUGAAAGUGAAGAAGCUCUUGAACCAGAAGCUUGUUUUACUGAAGGUUGUGUGCAGAAAUUUCCAUGUUGUCAAGUAAGUAUAGAAGAUGGCAAAGGAAAAACUUGGUGGAAUCUUAGAAAAACCUGCUACAGCAUAGUUGAACACAACUGGUUUGAGACUUUCAUUGUAUUCAUGAUUCUCCUCAGCAGUGGAGCACUAGCUUUUGAAGAUAUAUAUAUUGAACAACGCAAAACUAUCAAGACCAUGCUAGAAUAUGCUGACAAAGUUUUUACGUAUAUUUUCAUUUUGGAAAUGCUUUUAAAAUGGGUAGCAUAUGGUUUUCAAAUAUAUUUUACAAAUGCCUGGUGCUGGCUGGACUUCCUGAUUGUUGAUGUGUCAUUGGUUAGCUUAAUAGCCAAUGCUCUGGGCUAUUCUGAACUUGGUGCCAUUAAAUCGCUACGGACAUUAAGAGCUUUAAGACCUUUAAGAGCCUUGUCACGAUUUGAAGGAAUGAGGGUGGUUGUAAAUGCCCUUGUAGGAGCAAUCCCAUCUAUCAUGAAUGUAUUGCUGGUAUGUCUUAUAUUCUGGCUAAUCUUCAGCAUCAUGGGAGUAAAUCUUUUUGCUGGAAAAUUCUAUCACUGUGUCAACACCACAACUGGUGAGAUGUUUGAUAUCAGUGAUGUCAACAAUUAUACUCAGUGUGUGGAACUCAUAAAAAGCAAUCAAAGUGCUCGAUGGAAGAAUGUGAAAGUAAACUUUGACAAUGUAGGAGCUGGAUAUCUUGCUCUACUUCAAGUAGCUACUUUCAAAGGAUGGAUGGAUAUUAUGUAUGCUGCUGUUGAUUCACGAGAUGUAAAAGAUCAACCUAAGUAUGAGGACAACUUGUAUAUGUAUCUCUAUUUUGUCAUUUUUAUCAUUUUUGGAUCAUUUUUUACCUUGAACCUUUUCAUUGGCGUUAUUAUAGACAACUUCAACCAACAAAAAAAGAAGUUUGGAGGUCAGGAUAUAUUUAUGACAGAAGAACAGAAGAAAUAUUACAAUGCAAUGAAAAAACUGGGAUCCAAAAAGCCACAGAAACCUAUACCGAGGCCAGUGAACAAAUUCCAAGGCAUGAUCUUUGAUUUUGUAACCAAACAAGUAUUUGACAUCAGCAUCAUGAUACUUAUCUGCCUUAACAUGGUCACAAUGAUGGUAGAAACAGAUGAUCAGAGUAAAGAAAUGGAAACAAUUUUAUCCCGAAUUAACCUGGUGUUCAUCGUCCUUUUCACUGGAGAAUUUGUCCUGAAAUUGAUUUCACUUCGCCAUUACUACUUCACUGUAGGCUGGAAUAUUUUUGAUUUUGUGGUUGUGAUUCUCUCCAUAGUAGGCAUGUUCUUAGCUGAGAUGAUUGAGAAGUACUUUGUGUCACCCACUUUGUUCAGAGUCAUCCGGCUUGCCAGAAUCGGUCGAAUCCUGCGCCUCAUUAAAGGCGCUAAGGGAAUCCGCACUCUGCUUUUUGCUUUGAUGAUGUCUCUUCCUGCUCUGUUCAACAUUGGGCUGCUGCUUUUCCUGGUCAUGUUCAUCUACGCCAUAUUUGGCAUGUCCAACUUUGCCUAUGUCAAGAGGGAAGUUGGGAUUGAUGACAUGUUCAAUUUUGAAACGUUUGGCAACAGCAUGAUCUGCCUGUUUCAGAUCACCACAUCCGCGGGCUGGGAUGGUUUGCUUGCCCCAAUCCUUAACAGUGGGGAGCCAGACUGUGACCCCCAUAAAGAUCAUCCAGGGAGCUCUGUGAAAGGUGACUGUGGCAACCCUUCUGUUGGGAUUUUCUUCUUUGUCAGCUACAUUAUCAUCUCCUUCCUGGUAGUGGUGAACAUGUACAUUGCUGUGAUUUUGGAGAACUUCAGUGUUGCUACUGAAGAAAGUGCUGAACCCUUGAGUGAGGAUGACUUUGAGAUGUUUUAUGAAGUCUGGGAGAAGUUUGAUCCCGACGCAACACAAUUCAUAGAAUAUAGUAAAUUAUCCGAUUUUGCGGCUUCAUUAGAUCCACCUCUUCUCAUAGCAAAACCAAACAAAGUCCAGCUUAUUGCAAUGGAUCUGCCCAUGGUGAGCGGUGACCGAAUUCACUGCCUUGACAUCUUGUUUGCUUUCACAAAGCGUGUGCUGGGGGAAAGUGGGGAGAUGGAUGCCCUCAGAAUACAGAUGGAAGAUCGGUUUAUGGCAGCCAAUCCUUCUAAAGUCUCCUAUGAACCAAUUACAACCACACUGAAACGAAAGCAGGAGGAGGUGUCUGCUGUCAUCAUUCAGCGUGCUUACAGACGUCACCUUUUAAGGGUAAAAGUUAAACAGGUGUCUAGUAUAUAUAAUAGAAAUAAAAACAAAGAAGGAGAUGGACACAUUAUAAAAGAGAUAAUUAUUGAUAAACUAAAAGGGAACUCCACUCCAGAAAAAACAGAUGAGAGUUCCUCUACAACUUCCCCGCCCUCUUAUGACAGUGUAACAAAGCCAGACAAAGAAAAAUAUGAAAAAGAUAAAGCAGAAAAGAACUACAAAGGUAAAGACAUCAGGGAAAAUAAAAAAUAA